AUGAAGUACGUAUUGGUUACUGGUGGAGUGGUUAGUGGACUUGGAAAAGGUGUUACUGCCAGUAGUAUUGGUCUUCUCCUCAAAGCCUGUGGUCUUCGAGUUACUUCUAUUAAAAUUGACCCUUACCUAAAUACUGAUGCGGGCACUAUGUCUCCUUUUGAGCAUGGGGAGGUCUUUGUCUUAGAUGAUGGGGGCGAGGUGGAUCUGGACCUCGGUAAUUAUGAGCGAUUUCUAGACAUUAAGUUAACCCGUGACAACAAUAUAACCACCGGAAAAAUAUACCAGUCUGUUCUUGAGAAGGAGAGGCGAGGAGAUUAUCUUGGAAAGACUGUGCAGGUUGUUCCACACAUCACAGACGCCAUCCAAGAGUGGAUAGAGCGUGUAGCCAUGGUACCAGUGGAUGGAAAAGAAGGUCCAGCUGAUGUUUGUGUCAUUGAACUUGGGGGAACUAUAGGGGACAUCGAAUCUAUGCCUUUUAUUGAGGCACUUGGCCAGUUCUCUUAUCAUGUGGGUCCUGGCAAUUUCUGCUUGAUCCAUGUCAGCCUGGUACCUGUUCUUAAUGUUGUUGGGGAACAGAAAACGAAGCCUACCCAGCAUAGUGUUAGGGGGCUUAGAGGACUUGGAUUGACACCUAACAUUCUAGCUUGUCGCAGCACGAAGGCACUACAUGAGAAUGUUAAGGCUAAACUAUCUCAAUUUUGUCAUGUGCCGGCUGAAAACAUAGUCACCCUGUACGAUGUCCCAAACAUCUGGCACAUCCCUUUACUACUAAGAGAUCAGAAGGCACAUGAAGCAAUUUUAAAAGGACUGAACCUUCUAGGUGUUGCCAGGGAGCCUUAUUUACAGGAGUGGACUGCUAGGACAAGAGUCUAUGACGUACUGCUGGAACCUGUUAGAAUUGCCAUGGUUGGAAAAUAUACUGGCCUUUCAGAUUCUUACCUCUCUGUUUUGAAGGCUCUUUUGCAUGCUUCUGUCGCUUGCCGGCGGAAGCUUGUUGUAGAAUGGAUUGCUGCAGGUGAUCUUGAAGAUGUUACCGCUAAAGAGGCACCUGAUGUUUAUAAAAAUGCAUGGAACCUUUUGAAGGGCUCUGAUGGUGUUUUAGUUCCAGGAGGGUUUGGGGAUAGAGGGGUUCAAGGAAAAAUUCUUGCUGCAAAGUAUGCCCGUGAGAACAAAGUUCCAUUCCUGGGCAUUUGCCUGGGGAUGCAAAUUGCUGUAAUUGAAUUUGCACGAUCUGCUCUUGGUUUGCAUGAUGCCAACAGUACAGAAUUUGAUCCUCAAACUUCACAUCCUUGUGUCAUUUUUAUGCCUGAGGGUUCCAAAACUCACAUGGGGGGGACUAUGCGUCUGGGGUCAAGGAGGACUUAUUUCAAAGUUUCUAAUUGCAAAUCUGCAAAGCUGUAUGGUAAUGCCAGUUUUGUUGAUGAGCGCCAUCGGCAUAGAUAUGAGGUCAAUCCAGCCAUGGUACCAGAAUUUGAAAAUGCUGGUCUAUCAUUUGUUGGCAGAGAUGAAACUGGUCGGCGCAUGGAGAUCAUUGAACUACAUAGUCAUCCAUACCUUGUUGGUGCUCAGUUCCAUCCUGAAUUCAAGUCAAGGCCAGGAAAACCUUCAGCUCUUUUCUUAGGACUUGUAGCAGCAGCAAGUGGGCAGUUGGAUGUCGUCCUACAAAAUUAUGGUCAUCUAUUGCCAAAUGGAAUGAGCAACGGAAAACCAACCCUGAAACCCUACCAAAAUGGGAAUGCCAUUAAGUCUUCAAAUGGAUCACUAAAUGGCGUAUAUAGCAAUGGCAAUGGUUUUGAAGGGCUUUCAAUAGUGUCUUCGGUUUCUCUUUGUACAGCCGUUGAGUAUGGGGUAGAUUAUUUUAGCUUUCAAGUGACUUGGUUUAGGAGAAAGUUGGAGUCUGAACUCUCGGAAUGA